UCUCCGAGUCUCCCCCAUCCUUUGUGAAAAACUCAAGGCAUCGGUCGUCAGAGCUCAGUCUGUUGAAGUGGCCAGCUAUUGAACCAUGCCCGAGCCCGGGCCCCAGGACAGCUGAGUCCACAGAGAGGAGACCGUCGUUUUGGGGAAGUAGGGUCCUCGUUCAGAAAAAGACUUUACUUCCUGUGAUUUUUCCAACAGCGGGACAGAAGUGGAGGGCAGAGCAGCUCAGAAGACGGGGACAAAGAGACAGAGAUGAGUCCUGAGCACUGCAGCUCGGUGAAGACACGACACAACACACACGUGAAACUAUAACUGAAGGAAACACACCCCCACUACUGGUAACACACACAACUAAAAAGGGGGGCCUGGGGGGACUUGGAGGGAGCACCAGCAGCUGUCCAUCGAUCCAUCUAACCAGCCAGCAGCAAUGCAGGGGCUGACGUGGAGCCUGUGUGCCCUGCUAUGCCUCUCCCUCUGGGAGGAAAGUCACUGCAGGAGCUCCAGGGAAGCCCGGAGGACCAAAGGGCCUUCUCUCAUCAGGAGUAAAAGAGCCCCCAUCGACCCCGAUGACAAAAAGUGUUCCUACACCUUCCUUGUACCAGAGCAGAAAAUCACAGGUCCAAUCUGUGCAAGCACCACAGGCCCAGAGCCAGACAAGGACAGAGUGACCCGUAUAGACAUUGCAGAUGUGCGGGAGGUGCUCAACAAACAGCGGCGUGAGAUUGAGACGCUGCAGCUGGUGGUGGAUGUGGAUGGUAACUUGGUGAAUGAGAUGAAGCUGCUGCGGAAAGAGAGCAGGAACAUGAACUCCAGGGUGACCCAACUCUACAUGCAGCUGCUGCAUGAGAUCAUCAGGAAGAGAGACAACUCUCUGGAGCUGGCCCAGCUGGAGAACCGCGUCCUCAACGUGACCUCGGAGAUGAUGCGACUGGCUUCAAGGUUCAAGGAGCUGGCGGCCCGGUUUUCCACAAUGGCCGCGGUGGUCAACAACCAGUCCGUUCUCAUCUCGGCACUGGAGGAGCAGUGUCUGAGGACAGUGGAGCGCGGUGAGCUGCCCGUAGUUCCCCCGCUGGUACAGGUGGUACCGGAGCAUCUACCAGUUAACAAUCGCUUCACCAACGAGAUACAGAGGGACCAUAACAACCGGGCCUUUGCCAGAGGACCGCGCAUGGAAUCCCCUACUGCAAGCCCAUUUGGGAUCAACCCUCCACCACCACAGGGAACACUUACCGCCGAUGGUCCCUUCAAAGACUGUUACCAGGUGCGACAGGCCGGCCACACCACCAGUGGGAUGUACCUGCUUAAGACCAAUGUCAGUGAUCGGUUGAUCCAAGCCUGGUGUGAACACGGCCUCGACAAUGGAGGAUGGACCGUGUUGCAAAGGAGGAGAGACGGCUCGGUUAACUUCUUCCGGAACUGGGAGAACUACAAGAAAGGCUUUGGGAACAUAGACGGUGAACACUGGCUCGGGCUGGACAACAUUUACAACCUGGGGAAACAGGGUGACUACAAGCUGAUGAUAGAGCUGGAGGACUGGACGGGGAAGAAGGUGUACGCCGAGUACAGCAGCUUCCACCUGGAGUCGGAGAGCGAGGGUUAUCGGCUGAGGCUUGGCACCUACCAGGGAAACGCCGGGGACUCGUUCAGCAGCCACAACGGCAAACAGUUCACCACGCUUGAUCGGGACAAGGACGCAUUUUCUGGUAAUUGCGCCCACUUCCAUAAGGGCGGCUGGUGGUACAAUGCGUGUGGCCAGACCAACCUGAACGGCGUGUGGUACAGCGGGGGAGUUUACCGCAGCAAAUUCCAGGAUGGAAUCUUCUGGGCGGAGUACGGAGGAGGUUUCUACUCCCUCAAGUCAGCCCGCCUCAUGAUCCGACCGAUCGACUGAAACCUCAGACUGCGGCUCCCAUCAGAUGCACCUCAAGUUUCCUUCCUUAUCUUUAUCUACCCAUAAAACAAAGACUGUAAAAGGCA